UGUACUCGUAUAAAGCACUAGUGAACAGUCUCUGUCGACCUGUCGUACGAUUUUAUCUCUCGGCACUACAAAGCGAACUCCACGAGUUGCAUAUCGAUAACCCAAGUUAUACAAGAUGAAGCUCUGCGCACGAACCCUUCUAUUUGCUUCCACCCUUUCCUCGGCUGCUGCAUACAGCAUCAAACCACAAAAUGAGGUCGGCCGACGUGAGAUGUUCCAGAAAGUUGGAGCCGCUGCCUUCCUUGUAGCUGCUAGCCCGGCAAAUGCUUUGGAUGGAUGCCCGAAGGGAUCGAACAAUUGUUUGACGACAAAGUGGACUCCCCCUGCUGGUACGAUCGCAGUAAAAUUCAUCAGUGACGUUAUCAUACUCCAAAAAACGCUGUCUAUAACGUUUUUUCUGGUUGGCGGAACCUGUUCUUUGUUUUUGCGUCUGACAAUCUGUAUUCUAAACUUUCUUGUCUGUUUUGAAUGUCCCAGGCACCGACUCAAGCGCAGCUGCGAGCACUUUGAAAAAGGUAAUUGAAAGCUAUCCACAGGAUGGCCAAAACAAGGUAGAUUUGGGAGGGUGGACUAUCGUGGAUGAUUCAUUUGCUCCCGGCAAGGUUGCUAGUGUCGAGUACAAGUCUGGUAUUGGGAAUUUCGCGAAGUUUUUCAACGGCGGAAAACCAUUUGUUGACGAUUUGAAGCUUGAAAUCGGUGCAGAUGGCGCUGUUGAUGUAAAAUCGUCAUCCCGAAUUGGGGACUCUGAUUUGGGAGUGAACCAAAAACGGCUAGCCUACAUCGUCGAGUCCUUGCGAAAGGAAGGCUGGAGCGCCCCCGAUCCAAAGUAUUAAGGGAAUGUACUGCCGUAGACGCACACGGCAUCUCCGAAGAAAGAGGAUGAAAAGAAAACAAUGAAUCUGUAAGUACUAUCAUACAGCAAACUUUUAUUCUUGAAUCCCAGCUAUCUUUGAUAACGAAGCUGGUUGAUAGAUCUAAACCGAUCACUUUAACCUUGCAUGAUUACAUUCUUAACCGUGACGGCAGCAAUAAGCUGGCGUAUUAGACGACUACUUGUAGAACGAAUCUCCUUGAUACAAAUUUGAACGAUGUAUGUUGGACAAACUCAGCAAUCUUUGCACCAUUUCUUCGUCUUACUAAUCGUAGUAGCGACCAUUGCCUUACCUCCUCAUAGCAGCGUGCUCCACUGGUCGUUUCUUGUUGGAGUUCCAUCCUAUUCACUUAAGCUACUAGUAGAAGCAUUAUCAUCAAUGAUACUAGUAGAACUAAAAGUAACUAUUGUAG